GAGAGGCUUGCUCUGCUCUCCUCCGACAGAAGGCGAACACCGACGAUCUGGAGUUUGAACCGAGAGCAGCCGAGCGACCGCAGCUCCCUUGUGUCUUUGGCAGACCUGUUGUCGUAUCGGGAACUCUUCGCCAGGUAAUGGGCCACUAACAAGACUUUCUCGACGCUCUACACAGCGACUUUAAAGCGAGCAGUCGAAAUCGCCGCCACCCUCUUGUCCAAGCCCCAUCAUCACUGUCGUCGCCAGCCAUGGGAAAACAGAACAGUAAGCUGCGUCCCGACGUCAUGCAGGACCUGAUGGACAACACCGAUUUCACCGAGCACGAGAUCACCGAGUGGUACAAGGGCUUCCUGCGGGACUGCCCCAGCGGCGCCCUCUCCAUGGAGGAGUUCAAGAAGAUCUACGCCAACUUCUUCCCGUACGGCGACGCGUCCAAGUUUGCAGAGCACGUCUUCCGCACGUUCGACGCCAACGGGGACGGCACCAUAGACUUCCGGGAGUUCAUCAUCGCCCUGAGCGUGACCUCGCGCGGCCGCCUGGACCAGAAGCUGAAGUGGGCGUUCAGCAUGUACGACCUGGACGGCAACGGCUACAUCAGCAAGGCCGAGAUGCUGGAGAUCGUGACGGCCAUUUACAAGAUGGUCUCCUCGGUGAUGAAGAUGCCCGAGGACGAGUCGACGCCUGAGAAGCGCACAGAUAAGAUUUUCAGGCAGAUGGACACAAAUCGAGAUGGUAAAUUGUCCCUGGAGGAGUUUGUGGAGGGGGCCAAGAACGACCCCUCCAUCGUGCGGCUGCUGCAGUGCGACCCAGGCAGCGUUGGCCAGUAGACAGCCAGGACUCUUUCAUAUUUUCUCCCACCUUAUUUGGGGUUUUUUCACUGCAGUUUAGUUCGUCGUUCAAGAAAUUUCAGAAAAAAGCCUUUCCCAGCUGUCGAUCAACACUUGAAGGACAACUCGAAGGAAAUGCUGCGCGGCUGGCGGCACUCACACGGUACAAAUGCAGGACUUUUGAAAAAACUGAAUCCAACAGACUGUCCAAAACAUAUUUUUAUGAAGUAUGUUUGCUGCACCCUGCGGAAGUGCACUGGAUCCAUGCUCGCUCUUCUUCCGCCAACCUCAGCAUCUGGGAAAUGUAGGUUUUAAUGUGUUCAAUGCACAUCUUGGAGGAGUGUUACGUCAACCCACUCGCAGUUAAGCCCAUUUUUAUUUGGUUUUAGUUUGAAAAGACACCAGAAAAUAACAAGAGUAUAUAUUUUGAUUAUUUAAAAAAAAAAAGAAAAACAAGACAAAAAAGCAAUAUUACAUCAUUUGGAUGGAGCAUAGCUAACAAACGCCAUCAACAAUUUUAACAAGACUAUUCUGGAACUUGGGUUUUUAUGUUACCCUAAACAUUCAUUUUAAAAACUAAUUGAAUGUCUUGCAAAAAAAUUGUGUUUUCCCUAAAUCAUCAUAAACAAAUGUAAAAAAAAUAAUUGAAAAUUUAUCCAGGAACAAUACGGGUAAAUUAAAGGAAAAUAUUUGCAGUUUUUCUACAGUUUUUAGUCACAUAAUAAAUGGUACUAAUUUAAUCAUUAAACCCUAAUUAUUAAUCAUUAAUCAUUUUGGGCUUAAGUGUGCAUGGAUAAAAGAAAGGGAAUAUUUUUGACAGCAUCCUCCUUGUUUAAUUGAAAUUGGAACUACACAUUUUAAAGGGGUAAAUACAUAAACAGAAUACUUGUGGAGCAAAACAAAUGUUAUAAGUAUGUAUUAUUUUAUGGUGGAUGACAUUCACUUUAAAAUUUUAAAUGUGUAAAUUAUUGCAUUGUUAUUUUCUUUUAUUUGAAAGAAGAAAAAAAUAUUGUACAGUGUAUUCACUUUUAUUUAUGAUAAACACGUGGAAGAGGAGAGGACCACAUGCUUUGACAACUUUCAGGUGAAGUUUUGCAACAUUUUUCCUCCAUUUUUCUUUUUUUUUACAACAAAUUUCAAACCAAGCAGGCAUUCACUGAUAUAUUUUUUUCAUUUCCAUCCAUCUAUUCGUCCCUGAUUUUUGUUUUUCUGCAGUUGAAUGAAAAACAUAUUUGAAAAAAAAAAAAGGCAUGUUGUAUUUAGUUUGCCUAAUCAGGUACUUCAAACCCCUUUUACUUCCAUAGCAUCUUGUGGUCAAGUGCCAAAUAUAGAUGAAUCAUUCAAAUCAUGCACAGCAGUAUUGUAUCAUUUACACUGUACAGUUGUCGAACAAACAAAAGAGAUUGAAAAAAAAAUGGCUGUCACUAUCAUUUUUUUGUAGAUUUUUGUAUUAACGCAUCAUGUGUUCUCUGUAGGAUCUCCAUGUUGCUAUUCAAAUAAAGACAAACUGGAAAAA